AUGUCGGUCUUGCAAUUCAAUCUCAAUGGCUUCACGCCAGGCGAUCCUCACAAUCUCUACCAAGCACACGCACAAGGAAGCAGCACAAUCCAAAACGACAUCCCUGAAGAAGUAGAUGUCCUGAUCGUCGGCUCAGGACCAGCAGGACUUGCACUCGCAGCACAACUUUCACUCUUCCCCAACAUCACCACUCGCCUCGUUGAGCAAAAAGCCGAGAGGUUGACUCUCGGUCAAGCAGAUGGCCUCCAAGUCCGGAGCAUCGAAAUGUUCGAGGCAUAUGGCUUCAGUGAGAGAGUACUCAAGGAAGCUUACUACAUCAACGAAACCACUUUCUGGAAACCCGAUGAGCGCAAUCCGGAGUGCAUAGUCAGAAGUGGCAGGAUCAAGGACACUGGAGAUGAUCUGUCCGAGUUUCCGCAUGUUAUUCUCAAUCAAGCCAGAGUUCACGACUUUUUCCUCGAUGUCAUGCUCAGAUCGCCCACGAGACUGCAGCCAUCUUAUUCACGCAAGCUCAAGCAACUGGUUCUCCAACCAGCAGACGAGUCCUCGCCACAAGCAACAUCAUCCGUGCAAGUGCAACUCGAAAGAACAGACCCGGACCACGAGGGUCAACUCGAGAACGUACGUGCCAAAUAUGUAGUAGGCUGCGACGGAGCCCGCAGCGCCGUCCGUCAAGCCCUCGGUCUCAAACUCGAAGGCGACUCUGCAAACCAAGCAUGGGGAGUCAUGGACAUACUCGCCGUCUCCGACUUCCCAGACUGGAGAACCAAAGUCGCCAUCCACUCUGCAACCCAAGGCAGUAUCCUGAUCAUCCCCAGAGAAGGAGGCUAUCUCGUACGCCUGUACAUCGAACUCGACAAAUUAUCCGCCAACGAGCGCAUCUCUAGCAAGAACAUCUCAGCAGACCAACUCAUUCAGACUGCAAAACGCAUCUUCCACCCUUACACUUUGGACGUCAAGGAGGUCAUCUGGCACUCAGUGUACGAGAUUGGUCAACGCCUCUGCAGCAGAUUUGACAAUCUGACCGCUCAAGAAGCACUCUCCAAAAGCCCGAACAUCUUCAUCGCAGGCGACGCAUGCCACACUCACAGCCCCAAAGCCGGUCAAGGCAUGAAUGUAAGCAUGCAAGAUGGCUUCAAUCUAGCCUGGAAGCUAGCCGCUGUGCUCAACAACACAGCGUCACCUUCGAUCCUGCACACGUACUCCACCGAACGUCAAAAAGUGGCUCAAGAUCUGAUCAACUUUGAUCGCGAGAUCGCUUCCAUGUUCAGUGCUCGUCCCAAAACCACUGGUGGCACUAUCGACAACGAUGGAAUAGAUCCUGCUGAAUUCCAGGCUUUCUUUGAGAAACAGGGCUUAUUCAUGGCAGGUUUGGGAACAGCAUAUGCUCCUUCCCUCAUCACUGCCACUCCAGUCCACCAAGAACUGGCAAAGGGCUUCCCCAUCGGUGAGCGUCUACACUCAGCACCAGUGAUUCGCUUAGCAGAUGCAAAGCCCAUUCAGCUCGGCCACAUCGUCAAGGCAGACGGCAGAUGGAGAAUCUUCAUCUUUGCUUCUGCCGAGGAUCCCGCAGCGCCUUCUUCAUCGUUCCAAGUCGCUUGCAGGGCCAUUGCAGAAAUGGUGAUCGCAUUCACGCCUGCGGGUGCCGAUGUGGAUUCUGUGAUUGAUGUCCGAGGUGUUUUGCAGCAGGGACAUGCCUCGCUGAACAUCAACGAUAUGCCUGCUAUUGCAUGGCCGCAGAAGGGAAGACUUGGCCUCAGGGACUAUGAGAAGGUUUUCUGUGCAGAGGCUAUUAUUGGACACAAGGAUGUCUUCACUGCUAGGCAGAUCAAUCGUGAGAGGGGCUGCGUUGUCGUCGUGAGACCGGACCAGUACGUCGCCAACAUCCUGCCUCUGGGUGACCACGAUGGACUUGGAAAGUUUUUCGCAGGUUUCAUGCGUACAAGGGGUUGA